UGCCUUAUCACAACACUCAACUCAACUACUCUUCUACCUAUCCACACAAAUAAACAAUCCACCCAAACCAACAAUAUGUCUGCUCCCAACGCCAACAAGCCUAACGAGGGUAUCGUCGGUCAGAUUGGCAACUCUAUCGCCAACGCCGCCAACUACGUCUCCGAGACCGUCCAGGGCAACUCUGCUGAGGCCUCUAAGGAGGCCAAUAAGCAGCAGGCUAAGGGCAACGUUCCCGGCCAGGACUCCAUCGGCGACCGCGUCUCCGGUGCUCUCGGCGCCGCCGGCGACAAGAUGGAUCAGACCAAGCACGAGGGUGCCGCUGAGGCCAACAAGCGCUCUGUCUAAACAUCUUGCUCGAAUCAUUUGCGAACGUCAGUAUAAUACC